GUUUUGAUUUGAGUUUUGAGUGGCGUGUGCACUAGAGGUCGCUCUUUUGACACUAGUGACAGCUGUCAUUUAAUCCGAAUUAGGCAAGCCCCCGCUUUAAAAUGACCCUCGAACGGGCCAUGGAGGACCUCACUGCGAAGAUGAAGCAAACCGAUGAAAAAUUGGACGAUUUGGCCACACAAGUGGGGCACAUCGAGAGCGAGAUUCUCUCAGAAGACACGGCCGAAAUCGAGGUAAACAAUCUACUCCGAUCGGUGACUGAAGUGAAAACCAAUUAUCAAAAUCUCCGGAAGGAAAUCGUCGAAGUGCAGGAUUUACAAAAACAGUUGAGUUCGUCGUUGCAACUGCAAUUGAAGAUGAUGCAAGCGAAAUGCAACACAUUGAAGGAGAAAGUGGGGGCUGCGGGGCCCCCACGACUGGAAAAUUGAGUAUUUUUGUUGAUGGUGGCGGGGGGAUCAAACCUGAGUUAAAGCCAGGCGCUUUGUGGGGGCAUGAGGGGGCUUGCAUGCACCUAAACGACCCAAAUUCUAAGUUCAUUUGUGAUACAAUUGAAUAGUAGUGCACGACACGCUCUUUGGUUACUUUACUCGCAAGUUGACCAAUAUAUACGUUGGACUCGACUUUACAUGGACACGUAUACUUCUAGACAACGUAUAUUUUGGGCACUUUUUGCAUGCAUCAUAUCCUUUACCUAUUGUACAUAAUCAAUGUGGUAAAAAAAUAUAUCAACUAUACUAAAUGCAUGUUAGAAGUCAAUUGAUGUACAAGACUAUUACUUGCAAGACCUAGAUUUAGUCUUAAUUAGUGUGUAAUUAAUUAAAAUUCGUAAUUCGUACGAUUGGGCAAGGUAAGUGCAUGGCUGUGACUCAAAAAAAAAAUGUUUUGCUUGCGAUUACGAAUUUUAAUCGUGUACCUGAGCAGAUUUUUGUGACGAAAAAACAACUCAAUGCCUUACACACUACUUCCUCUCCAAUUUUUCGGCAAAAACUUUG